AUGUCAUCUGCAACUACAUCAUCAGGAGCUACUACUAGUGGAUCAUCUUCAUCACAAACCACAGUCAAUAAAAAAGGAAAUGUCGCUUCAUUUUCCCAUCAAGUUGAUACCAAUUUAACUGCCAUUGACACUUAUGGUAAUACUUUUAAAGUACCAGAUUAUAGUAUUAAGGAUAUCUUGAGUGCUAUUCCUGCCCAUUGUUAUGAACGUAGAUUAUUACAAUCAUUUUCAUAUGUCUUUAGAGAUAUCUUUUGUAUGUUAACUUUAGGUUUUAUUGCCAAUAAUUAUAUUCAAUUAUUACCAAAUGUAUAUUUAAGAGGUAUUGCUUGGGCUGCUUAUAUUUGGUGUCAAGGGUUAUUUGGUACUGGUAUUUGGGUUAUGGCUCAUGAAUGUGGUCAUCAAGCCUUUUCUGAUUAUGGUUGGGUUAAUGAUUUAACUGGUUGGGUUUUACAUUCUUAUUUAUUAGUUCCUUACUUUUCUUGGAAAUUUUCUCAUGGUAAACAUCAUAAAGCAACUGGUCAUAUUACAAGAGAUAUGGUUUUUGUUCCAAAAACAAAGGACCAAUUCUUGCAAGCUAGAGGUGCUCAUGAUUUAGAAGAUAUCGUUGGUGAUUCUCCAAUUUAUACUUUAUUACAAUUAAUCUUCCAACAAACUUUUGGUUGGAUUUCUUAUUUGAUUGCAAAUGUUUCUGGUCAAAAAUAUCCCGGUUAUAAUAAAUUUGCUGUUAGUCAUUUCAAUCCAAAUUCUCCAAUUUUUGAUAAGAAGGAUUAUUGGUUUGUUAUUUUAUCUGAUAUUGGUCUUUUAAUCCAAUCUACCGUUUUAUACAAUUGGUAUCAAACGUUUGGUUUAUUUAACAUUACCGUUAAUUACCUCAUUCCAUACUUUUUAGUCAAUCAUUGGUUAGUGUUUAUCACUUUCUUACAACAUUCCGACCCAAAGAUGCCUCAUUACGAAGCUCAUCAAUGGAAUUUUGCUCGUGGUGCGGCCGCAACCAUUGAUCGUGAAUUUGGUUUUGUUGGUAAACAUAUUUUCCAUGAUAUUAUUGAAACCCACGUGUUACAUCAUUAUGUUUCUCGUAUUCCAUUUUAUAAUGCAAGAGAAGCAAGUGAAGCCAUUAAGAAGGUUAUGGGUGAACAUUAUCAAUAUUCUGAUGAAAAUAUGUGGGUUUCUUUAUGGAAAUCUGGUAGAUGGUGUCAAUAUGUUGAUGGUGAUAAUGGGGUUUUAAUGUAUAGAAAUUUAAAUGGAUUUGGAGUUGAUCCAAAAAAGAAGACUCACUAG